AUGUCUCCGCUUUCAUUUGCCGUGUCGUUCUUCUACCUCUAUAUAACCGGCUCCGUUUUCUUCGAUACAGCCCAUUACCUCCUCCACCAGUGGUCUAAGUCGCAAUGGCGGUUCCUGCGAUGGCUGUCCUGGUGUCACCAAUUCCAUCAUCUCUACUACAAUCGCUCCCUCAAAUUCAAUAACCGAUACCUACGACAGAAUGCUUGGAUCUCAUUGCCGUUGGAAAUGCUCAGCAAGAUCCUAGGAAGCGUCGUCGGCUGGUUCUUCGCCCGCAGCUUGAUCACAGAUGUUAACGGAAACCCUGACACCACGCCGCUAAUCGUGGUAUCCGCCUUCGAAUUCAUAAGGACGAUGGUAGUAAUUACCAUGAGCGGCCGCGACUCCAACCACAUCGCCUUCGACACAGUGCCCAAAGACCGCAGCUGGCUAUUCGUCGGCCCCGAGUUCCACGCCCUGCACCACGUCUAUCCCGAUCGGUACAUGGGUUCCAUGGUCAAACUCUUUGACUGGGUCGCAGGCACCGCCUACUUCGUCCGAAACAAAAGAGUAGUCCUCACCGGUGGAUCUGGCGCAUUCGGACGCGCAAUCGAAAAGCAACUACUAGCAGAAGGGGUGAAGGAUGUCCGGAAACUAGGGUUCGGCAAAGAGUGGACACACCAAGAUUUCUCGCGUGUCGGCCCCAUCCUCGAAGACGCCGAUAUCCUCAUACUGUCACAUGGCACCAAGGGUUUAGACGCGAUGGACGCUAAUUGCAAUUCGACCAUUCGUCUCAUCGAGCUAUUCCUGGAACAGAAAGCAGCUGGGGAAGGGCGUGCUAGUAAGACAAUUCCGGAGAUAUGGUACGUCGGCAGCGAGAUCGAGAUCCAUCCCGCAUGGGGUAUUCCCGAGAUGCAGCGGUAUUCGGCGUCCAAGCGCGCGUUUAUGCCCUAUGCGCGUGCGCUAUACGAUGAUCCGCGUGUUAUUUAUCGUCAUAUUGUACCCGCGGCGUUUGAGUCGCAGAUGGGUAAGGCUAUUGUGUCGCCAGAUUGGGCGGCGCGUGUGGCCAUGUGGUGGAUUCGGCGUGGAGCUUGCUAUGUUCCUGUUACUUAUACCGGGCUUGCAUAUUUGAAUUUCUUCAAGUUUCUUUACCUUGUUCGUCCGGAUAUGACCAACGGAGAAAAGGCGAAGUCAACGUGAGGUUGAUAAGCUUUCACUGUUCAAUUGUA